GAUGGAAGCAUCUUCCCCGGCCUGCGACGACGCCGGCACGACCAUAUCGAGGACCUCCCGGCGGACGUCCUCGCCCUCGUGCUCCGCCGCCUCGACGGCGCGUCUCUGGCGGCGGUCGGGUGCGCGAGCUCGGGGCUCCACGCCCUCGCCACCGACCCGGCCACGUGGCGGGCGCUCUGCCUCGCCAUGUGGCCCGCCGUCCGCGACCUCCCCUGCGUCGACCACCGGGCGCUGUUCGCCGACGCCUUCCCGGUCCCGUGCCCCGUCUCCCCUCCCACUCCCACUCCGCAGCCCCUGCCCGCGCGCCUCGUGUCGGCCGUCGACCUGCGCCACGCGGGGGCCUGCGUCCUGUCGUGCGUCGUGGGCACGGAUGCCGCCUCCGACUGGUUCCUGGGCGCGCCGUUCCGCGUCGACGUCGACGCGCCGCUGCAUGAGGGCUUCGCGUCGUCGCCGGCCGCCGUCGCGCCGGCCGACCUCGAGCUCAGCUGGGUCCUCGUCGACCCGGCCACGGGCCGCGCGCUCAGCGCCGCCAGCCGCCGCGCCGUGUCCGUCGACCGCAAGUGGCUCACGGGGGACACCGUGGCGCGCUUCGCCGUCGUGAUCGGCGGCGGCGUCGCGCUCGAAGCCGCCGUCACCUGCGACGACGGCCGGUACGGCCACGUCCGGGAGGUCAGCCUGCGCGUCGAGGACGCCGACGGCGCUGGCGUCAGCGGCAGGGACGGGCUGGCCGCCGUCGCCGCCGCCAUGGCCGCGCCCAGGCGGGGGUGCCGCGGCGCCGGGGAGGACGCGGCCAGGGUCAGGUACGAGGACUUCGUCAGGGAGAGGAGGGUGCGCAAGGAGUGGAAGGCCAGGCGCGAGGGCAUCCUCGACCUCUGCUGCUCCGGCGUCGGGGCCGCUGCCUUCCUCGGCUUCCUGCUCAUGCUCACGUUCCGGUGAUGAGACAGUGCGGUUGACAUGUACAGUGUAGUUCAGGGAAUAUUGUCAAUAUCAUUGAAAGUCAACAUC